GGAAUCAAGGUGGACAAGGUUGGCACAUUUGUGUCUCUUGCAACUUUUCUGUUAUUGCUGGGAUGCAGUUUUCAAUCAUUUUAACAAAGAUUUGGAACGCUUCACACGGCGGCCUCAGCACCCUGAAAGCCUCCUCUAAGCAGUCAGCUGCUACUUUCAGGCUUUUCUUUACGGACCGAUGUCCUCGGAGGAGGGUCUGUAUGAAAGCAAAAAGCGAAGAGUUGGAGGACACAGAACGAAGCUUGAGCUGUUGUGAUGUUUCACCUGAGGAGGAGCUGUCUUCUGCAGUACUUGGUGUCCCAUUCUGUUGCAGCAUCUUAAUGAUAUCAGCAUAGUCCAUGAGAAGUUCUGAUACAUGGAGGGAUAAAGCAGGCGAACUCAGUAACUGCUCCAUAGCAAACUCGACUGUGCCAGGGAAAUUAUCAUGUUUUAACAACACUGCAACCAGUGCACCCAAGAUACUUCCUAUAAUCCCCUUAUAAUGAUCAUAGAUAUCUUUUACUGCAGCCAUUUUUUCCUGUAGAGAGAUGAUGCGACCGGUAAUUUUAGCACACAAUCUUUGUUUCAUGCUUUCCUGUACAUCUCUGUCUCUUGUUUCCACUGUGGCCUGCAUCUGUUUUAAAGCACUGACCAGGAACUGCAGGUUCUCUUUAAUGCUGAAGUUUUCUUUUACUGUCAUGGUGGGGAAGUUGGUACCAAGCUGGUGAUUGAGGAUCUGGAAUAUUGUAUUAGUUGAAGAGACAUAAAUGUACACUAAUUCAUACAGAUUCUGGCAGGCCUUCAGCAGCCUUUCUUUGUCACUGCUAAAACCGAGGUGGGCUAACAUUUCUGAAGGAGGUGUCCGGCUCUGAAAAGCAAACAGAGGAAAUACAGGUGACAAAGAAGGGGAAAUACAAAUAUUUUCAGCUAGAACGUCACAUUUUUGAAAUCAAUAUUACAAAUUAUCAAACCACCUUACUCUCCUCACAAGACCUCAGUGUUAGAAAAAAAAAACAACAGAAAAAGCUCUUAGUCAACCUUACCAAAAUGGACAGCAAAAUACGGUUUCAGAAGCUGCAGGUGUGGUUUUUCUUAUGGAUGCAAGAGUUCUGAACCUGACCUUCAGCAUGUCAUCUGAAAAGCAAUAGUAGAGGAGAUGAAAUAGCAGAUGAAUUAUUUUCACCUUUGAUAUUUAUUGGAUAUUUAUUGGUAAAGUUGUCUAAAGUUGUCUAAGUCCUCUCAAACAAUCUACAUUACAUCAUCCUUAGAACUAUAAUCCUUCAGUUUGCAUAUAGUAGUGGGUAUACACAAAAUUAAACAUAUUACAGGAGUCUUCACAUGUCCGACACUUUGGGCUUUUUUCUGUUGUUCUGAGAACAGUGAGUUAUACCAUCCCCUUACAGCAAUGGCUGUAGAUUCUUCUGCCAUAGGCAGAUGGAUUCAUGCUGCCCCUAUUCUCUUCAGGAAAAAAAGGCCUUUGUUAGGAGGACCUAACAAUUGUGAACUAGUGUGAAAUAAAUUGUAAUGUGUUAAAAUUAAAAGGAAAGGAAAACGAGGAAGAAAAUGAGGAGAACUCAGAUAAACAUCGCAUAAUAAAAUUAAUGGCAAACAGGCAGGCAGCAGGACCCAGCUAAAGCCCAGGCUCUGGAUCCCUGACUCAUCACAUGCCGCUGGAAAACACCAGAGGAACACAGUGGAAACAGGAUGAGAUCACUGCCCUGUACACAUUCAGCUGUCUGAAAGAGCACUUGGGCAAAAUCAGGUAGGCAGUCUGAAUGUUUAACUCAAAAAGCCUCUGGGAAAAAAUAUGCCUGGAGUUGGAGAAAUAGACAGAAAUAUGGAAAUGUGUGUGGCCUGUCUAACUCUAAAAAGUGAAUGUGAAUAAAGCGUCAAUGUGAAGAAUAAGAGAUAAGUUACAUUUAAGGGACAGAAAAUCAAAAGAAAUCAUUGGAAGCUGAAAGAAUCAUGCUUAAAAAUAGAUGCUAUCAGUAUUCUCCAUAGCUUUCUAGUAGGUAAAAUGUUCAUUGAAACGCUCUUUCUCUUAGAACAUUUUGUCUUUGCAGUUUGUACAAAUGGGGAUUAACAAAUGAUCUUUCAACCUAGCAUCAGCGAAGUGGAAGGUAUUAAUAUCGCACUGAGCCAGAGUACAAGCCAACAGCAUCCCAGAAGCAUAAGGAAUCAUACCUUGAGCUGGCAGGACUUUUUGUUUCCCUAAGUCAAAACCUUUUACUGUAUGUAACCUUUGCUUCCUCUAGGCUUAAGAAAGAUAAGUUAAAGAGCUUAUUCUCUUAGCAGAGCUACAAGUUUAUUCCUGAAGAAUGGCACUGAGUGACCUCCUUUACCCAGAAAACCCCAGGAGACGACAAGAACUGAUCCAUCUGCACCGGGAAUUGCUUGACUGCAUGUCCAUGAAUUUCCAUGCAACAAAUGAGCUGGCUGGAGUUCUGAAUGCACACCUGGGGUGUACUAUCACCCACAUCAAGAUGAAAGAGAGCAGCACUGUCAAAGAGAACUGUGAUAUUAUCAUUCAAGCGAUGCGUGAGAUUCAGUGUCAAGUACAGAAGAUUGAUAGUGACAUGAGGGAGAAGCUGGAGCCUGUGCUGUACCAGAAGCUGUACGAUAUCAAAGAGCCUGAGUUGGAGAAAAUUGCAAUAGCCCAUAAAGUUUUUUCCAUUGUUCUUGGAGAAGUGACUUCAACUGCUGGGAUGGUAGCUGUCAAACUGCUUAGCUCCAACCUUAUCACUAUCACUGUCUGCAAACUCGUUAGCCUCCUUGCGCAGAUCGGGGCAUCUGUUCUUGGAGGAAUCAGCAUUACCAUCCUUGGGCUUGGCAUGGAAAUGAUUCUCCAUGCCAUUCUGGGAGCUGUAGAGAGGAAUCAGCUGCUGGCAGCUGUGAGGAGCUAUGAGGAGCACCUGGCUGAGUUUAAAGAAGCAUCAGAAAAAUACCAGUGUGCCAUACGUGAAGUAACUUCUUUGGUCAGACAUCAAGUUCAGUGAAUGGAAAGGCAACACUUUAAAUACAUGGCACUUUUUCUUCACCUGUUUUCCAGAAUGGAUUGUAGAUGAAAUGCUAUUGGUAAUACUGACAGUAACAAGCACUGCUGGAGCAGAAGUGGUGAGAAAGUACAGUUUUUCUCUUCCAGAGUUUCUCCAUCAAAAUGACAUCAUAACAGAAGAAAAUGAUUUCAGCAAAACAACCAUAUAAUCACCUGAAGAAUUUACCAGGAUGGCUGUUACCAUGAUCUCUUGGUGUGGAUUUGUGCUAAAUCUGACAGGCUGAAUUCCCCAUUCAUAGAAGUGCUUACAAGGACUAGCUAAAGCACAUGUAACUCCUAUUUCCUCUGCCUUCUUGCCUGAGAAGCCAGCCAGAGAUCUUCAUAUAAACUCUAAUGCCAGCAGAUUAACAGAUAGAAAAAUUACGGGCCUACAGGCCCAACAGUUGAGAGAACCCAGCUGUAGUGCUCCUGAUGUAUCUAGCUGUGAGAAACAGCAUGUUAUCAGAAUUGUCCUGCUCCCGCCUGCUCACAGGUAGAUGCUUCUGUGCACACUUGCUACUUUGUUGAUCAAAUGGCAUUAUAUGCUUACACAAGGAUUUGUAAGAUUACAGCCCUAUUAAUGUGCUAAAUUUACUUACAAGAGCUUCACGAGUCACCAGUGUGGGACUGCCAAAAAUACUCUAAUCCUAUAUUUCACAACUUGCCACCAAAUGGCCUUAUUUUGCAACCUUUCAGAACAAAGCUAGAAGCAAGAGCAUGAUUUGCUGUCAAUCUCUGAUUUGCUGUGGUUUGCUUUUUUUCUUUGAAAAAAAAAAAAAAAGUAUAUAUAUAUAUAUAGAA